AUGUAUUUCAACUAUGUUGUAUUAUCAGAUGUGAAAACUGAAAGAGAAGGUUUAGCUACUACCGACAGAGUUCAAGCAUCAACACAAGCAACAAGUGUAGAGAUUAAAGAUUUGACAACUGGAGCUCCAAAUGUGGUGGCGAUUGGUAAGUCUACAAAUGCACUUACUCCAUCAUUUCACAAUGCUGCUACUAAUGGUGAAAGCGAUUCAACAACUAAGAAGUUUAUUAGAGCAACACCAUUGGUAACUGAAGAAUCUACUACAUCAAUACAUGGAAUAACUGAUCAGUCAAUGCUACAAUUUUGCCCUUAUGGAGGUUGGACGGAUUGGAUUGAUAUGAAUGAUCCAGGUUCGAAAUUUACCGGGGGAGACCAGGAACUAUUAUCAAAAGCUAUGGAGUUCCAUUUCAUCUGUAAUGAGCCAACUUAUAUAGAGUGCAGGGAAGUUGGUUCUAAACAUUAUUAUAAUGAAAUAGAAGGACAAGUGAAAGUCACAUGCCACCCUGAUAUAGGUCUACUGUGUUUCAAUAAGGACCAGAAAAACCGUCAAUGCAUAGAUUACGAAGUUCGCUUCUACUGUCCAUGUCCUGAUCAAAACGUGAUACCACCAGCUGAGGACAAAGUCGUUCUCUGCAAAGGAAAUGAGUGGACACAGUGGAUAGAUAUGAGUAACCCAGAUACCAUUGGUUUGCGUGGCGAUUAUGAACUGCUCGGGGAGAUGAUAGAACCUUAUGGGGUUUGUGAGGACCCAACUGAUAUUCAGUGCAGAGUUGUAGGCUCUCAUCACUUCUAUGACGAAGGCCAUGCACAGAGGAAAAUAGUUUGCGAACCACAUAUAGGAUUUCUGUGCUUCAAUUAUUAUCAGCUUUCAAAACAAUGUAUGGAUUAUGAAGUCCGAUUUCUCUGUCCAUGUGCAUUUCCCGUGACAGGUAUGCCUGGUCUAACAACCGAUGUAAGAUUACCCGAUGAAACAAAAUUGUUAACGAAAUCUAAAGACUUGCCUGUACAUGACGUGACAUUAACAAGCGAACCAGUUAUUUUAACUGCCAAACCAAUGGAUGAAAAGACGAUCGGAGCAACUGUGUCUCAUGCAGAGACGACUGUAAAAGACAUUCCGUUAACGAGUGUGCCAGUUUUGUCAACAACAAAGUCAGUGAAACCACCGAUGAACAGUUCAAAUCCGCCUACUGGAAGGAAAACUGAAACAGAAUCCAUUUCAACGACGAGCAUUCCAUUUGUAUCGACAUCAAAAGACGUACCAUCAACUACACCCGAACUGACUUCACCUCACAAAAAGACGACUGAAACAGAAUUUUACACUGCGACUGACUCAUUUGAAUCCACGAUUGGAACUACGAGUCCUACAAUCACACAAACAUCAUCGGUCAUUACAACUCAGCGGGGCGAUACAGAAUCCAUUUCAACCAGCAUUCCAUUUGAAUCGUCAACAAAAGAAGUACCAUCAACUACACCCGAACUGACUCCAUCUCACAAAAGGACGACUGAAACAGAUUCCAUUUCAACGAGCGUUCCAGUUGUAUCGACAACCAAAGAAGUAACAUCAACUACACCUGAACUGACUUCACCUCACAAAAAGACGACUGAAACAGCUAAACAUGUACACACAGCAACAACCAUACCAAAUCUGGCCCGGGAUGAAGAAAUAACCGAAACAGAUUCCAUUUCAACGAGCGUUCCAGUUGUAUCGACAACCAAAGAAGUAACAUCAACUACACCUGAACUGACUUCACCUCACAAAAAGACGACUGAAACAGCUAAACAAGUACACACAACAACAACCAUACCAACUCUUGCCCCGGAUGAAGAAAUAACAGGAUCAGCUGCAGUUGAAGAAACAACAUUAGUUCACACAACCUCUAACUUAUGUCCAGAUGGUAAAUGGACAACCUGGUUCAACACUAACGACCCUAAUGCGAUAGGUGACUAUGAAUUAGUUGGGAUGAUACAAGCUAUUUAUGAUGUAUGCAUGGACCCCGUCAGUAUCGACUGCAGAGUUGUAGGUUCAGCGUCUUCGUAUGAUCAAACUAGUGGUCAGGGUAGAAUAACGUGUGAACCGGAUGUAGGUUUAUUAUGCUUUAAUGAGCACCAACAAUCAAAGCAGUGCCCAGACUACGAAGUCAGAUUCUUCUGUCCAUGUGAACUAAGCACCACAACUGCCACGCCCGAAUUGACGGAAGAAGUUAGGCAGACCACCAAAGCUGAUUCCACUACUAUCUCGCUAUCAACACCAGCAGAAUCUUGGACUAAAACAUCUUUGAAACAAACCACUAAAGCAGAUGUAACCACAAUUUUGCAAUCAACUGAAGGUGAACAGGAGACUAUACCCGCAGAACUCGAGUCAACAACACUAGGGAAACAAAGCACUAAAGCCGAUGUCACCACAAUCAGGCAGUCUACAUCUACUGCAAUUAUUCAUGAAGGAACAACUUUAGAUCAGGCAUCGUCUAACUUAUGUCCAGAUGGUAAAUGGACAAACUGGUUCAACACUAACAACCCUGAUUCAAUGGGUGACUAUGAAUCACAUGGAAUGAUACGAGCUACUUAUGAUGUAUGUAUAAACCCUGUCAGUAUUGAGUGCAGAGCUGUAGGUUCAGAGUCUCCGUAUGAUCAAACUAGUGGUCAGGGAAGAAUAACGUGUGAACCGAAUGUAGGUUUAUUAUGCUUUAAUGAGCACCAACAAUCAAAGCAGUGCCCAGACUAUGAAGUCAGAUUCUUCUGCCCAUGUGUGACUAUCACUGCACCACCCGAGGUGACAACAGUAGGGAAACAAACCACAAAGCCUGAGUUAACCACAAUAUUACAAUCAAAUGAAUUUGACUCAUUACGUCCCACCUCAAGUACUGGUAUGUCAGACGUAGUUGAAACGAAGUCUGUUAGUCCAUCUGUUGGUUCAACCACUGAAGACUUGCAAUCCACAAUUAGAAAAAUAACUAUUCCAGGUGUGCUAUUUGAAUUGUUUUAA